UACCUGAGAGGCUAGUAUUUUGCUUUUCAUUGAAGAGCAUUCACAAGGUAUAGCUCUGUCUGAACCAAAGGUAGCAUUAGGAAAUAAAAAUCACUCACCAUGUGCUUCUUGUCCUUUCCUAUUUGUUUUGAGUUUUAAGCCAGACUUAAAUGUACUGAUAAACAUUAAUUGCCUGCAAAUUUACUAAUUUUUUUUUUCCCUAGUUUCUCGGCUCUGAAAUCCACCUCCAGCUCCCUUGGCCUCUGAAGCAGCGCUCCGGCAGGACACAGCUUGGAGGGCAUGAGUGGAAGUGAGGACGACUGGCUGGCUCUCAAGCCCCAGGAACCGUCCCCGUCCCAGUGUUGUGGCAGUGGCUGCAAGCCCUGCAUCUACGAUGUGUACGAGAAAGCGCUUGCACAGUGGGAACGGGCCAAAGCAGCGCAGGACAAAAGCCUCCUGGUGGAAAAGGAGGAGCAGAGCCGUAAUUCAGAACUAAAUCCAGAUACAUUUACUGCAUUCAGCAUAAGCUCAGUGGAGCAGCUAACAGAGGACACCUACCAGUACAAAUUUGAAUUACCAGGAAAUAGCAGUCUGCGAUUGAGUUUAGGACAACAUAUCGUGUUAAGAGGAGUGGUGGAUGGUUUGGAAGUCCAGAGAGCCUAUACGCCAAUUAGCUCAGGGAAUGCGGAAGGUUACUUCGACGUUUUAAUAAAAUGCUAUGAGGCUGGGCUAAUGUCACAAUACAUAAAAACCUGGAAAAAAGGAGACGUGGUCUUUUGGCGUGGGCCGUUUGGAGGGUUCCCAUAUCGACCUAAUAAGUAUGGAGAACUGCUCAUGCUGGCUUCUGGUACCGGCCUUGCACCAAUGCUUCCUAUUAUGCAGUCCAUAACGGAAAAUGAAGAGGAUGAAACCUUCGUAACUCUUGUUGUCUGCUUCCGUUCAUUUGGAAACAUUUAUCUGAAACCUCUUCUCCGAGAGCUAGCUCGAUACUGGAACAUCAGAAUAUUUUACAUCCUAAGCCAGGAAAGUUCACUGGAAAAACUUCCUUGGAGCUAUCAGGAAAACACAUACAUUGGUCGUCUGAAUGAAGACCUGGUGAAGAUGAUAACAAAUUCCUGUCGAAGAAAGCCAUUUGUAUUAAUAUGUGGCUCCUCUGCAUUCAGUGAAGAUAUGAGUAGAUAUCUGAAAUCAGCAGGACUUGAAGAAGAUUCCUAUUUUGUUUUUUAGCAGGAUAUUCCUCACUUAAGGAACCUAAAGCUGAGCCUUGGAUAUCCUUGUUUCUCUGCAGGCACUGCUUCAGAUCAGCCAUCUCAAUAGUUGGAAUUUCUUGUGCAUGUACUUUUAGGCCUUUGGAUCAAAUAUUGUUGCCAGGAUCAUUCCUACUCUUGUGAGUAUUUUAAAGAUCAGAUGUCGCUCCAGAUUGGCUGCUAUAAUCACCCAUGCCUCAGGGAACGACAUGGUAAUUCUAACGAAAGUCUUCACGUGCAAUUUAAAGAGAGGGUGCUAAAAAGCACCCAAAUAAACACCUUUGCUUUGAUAUGAA